AUGAUUGAAAAUUAACAAGAUGACCAGAUUAGCCCCAUUGAUUAUGGGAAGCAUCAUGCAGAACCAUAAAAAGAUCAUCGAGACUUGAAAUACAUGGCUACAAAAAUUAGCGAACCAAGAGGGAGUGUUCAGUAUCCUUAACAUGUUUAAGUGGCUAUUGAGGAUGAUACUAGUUCUCAAAAUGAUUCUAGAUGGUAUGCUAAGAACGAAACCUACAAAUAACUUAUUGGAAAUGAGAGAACUGGAUUCAUAAAAAAAAAGGUCUAUUCAAUUAUGAUUAUUUAAUUGUUUCUAACCAUGAUCAUGUGUUUAAUCUCUUACUUGUCACUUGAUUAUAGGAGGUUCUAACUAGACCAUAGUGGUUUUGCUUAUCUGGCCUUAGGAAUAUCAAUAUUUAUAGAAUUGCUACUCUUUUGCGUUCCCAAAUUUGCUUGGAGAGUUCCCUACAAUUACAUCUUACUGUUUAUUUUUACACUCUGUGAAGGUUAUCUAAUAUCAAAUCUGUGCAGUUAUGUUUUUGAUAGGUAUAGUGAUAAUGGAGGAUUCAUUGUAUUGAUGGCUGCUAGUCUAUCAUUGGCUGCCGUGAUAGGACUAACGAUAUACGCUUGCAAAACCAAGUCAGAUUUUACUACUAAAGGAGCUCUAUUGUUUAUGUGUGUUACAUCUUUGUUACUCUUUGGAAUUAUGGCUGGUGUUUACUAUCAAAAUGUCAUUAAUCUUCUCUACUCAUUACUUUGUUGCCUUCUGUUUGGAGCUUAUUUAAUCUAUGAUACAUAAUUAAUUUUGGGGGGAAGUACUCACAAAUUGUCCAUUGAUGAUUAUAUCAUAGGAUCAAUGAUAAUUUAUAUUGAUAUUGUGUAUCUAUUUGCACAUAUCUUAAUGGUAUUAAUUGCAUGUCUUAGAUGAAGUUAUUUGUUUUAAUAAUAUAACAUAUAAAUAUCAU